GGCCAAUCCGUCCCCUCCCCACACCUACUCUGAGGGGGUGGGUGAUAGAGGAGAGGUUGGGGUUGGAGCAGCGGUGAGGGGGCCCCUCCCUGGCACCUCCCUCCACCAGACUUGGUCGCGCCCGAAGUGUAACACUUUCUCUUUGUCGGAGGAGCUCUUCUGUUUCCUGUGCAGCAGCUCCCGUUGCGGAGGCACCCGUAGCAGCCCUGGCGGACCAAGGAGCGAUGGCAGCAGCGGCCGAUAUAGCUCGCCAGGUGGGCGAAGAUUGUCGAACUGUCCCCCUGGCUGGACAUGUGGGCUUUGACAGCUUGCCUGACCAGCUGGUGAAUAAGUCAGUCAGCCAGGGCUUCUGCUUCAACAUCCUGUGCGUGGGGGAGACAGGUUUGGGCAAGUCCACCCUCAUGGAUACCCUGUUCAACACCAAGUUUGAAGGGGAGCCAACGACCCACACACAACCAGGUGUCCAGCUCCGAUCCAAUACCUACGACCUCCGGGAGAGCAACGUGGGCUUGAAGCUCACAAUUGUGAGCACUGUAGGCUUUGGGGACCAAAUCAACAAGGAGGACAGCUACAAGCCCAUCGUGGAAUUCAUUGAUGCUCAGUUUGAGGCCUACCUGCAGGAGGAGCUGAAGAUCCGGAGAGUACUGCACUCCUACCAUGACUCCCGAAUCCAUGUCUGCUUGUAUUUCAUUGCCCCGACAGGACAUUCGCUUAAGUCUCUGGACCUAGUAACCAUGAAGAAGCUGGAUAGUAAGGUGAACAUCAUUCCCAUCAUUGCCAAAUCAGAUGCCAUUUCUAAGAGUGAGCUGGCAAAGUUCAAGAUCAAAAUCACCAGUGAACUUGUGAGCAAUGGAGUCCAGAUCUAUCAGUUCCCCACAGACGAUGAGUCGGUGGCUGAGAUCAAUGGGACCAUGAACGCCCACCUGCCGUUUGCUGUUGUUGGCAGCACAGAAGAAGUGAAGAUAGGCAACAAGAUGAUGCGGGCGCGGCAGUAUCCUUGGGGGACCGUGCAGGUUGAAAAUGAGGCCCACUGUGACUUUGUGAAGCUGCGAGAAAUGCUGAUUCGGGUCAACAUGGAGGAUCUGAGGGAGCAGACCCACGCCCGGCACUAUGAAUUGUACCGCCGCUGUAAGCUGGAGGAGAUGGGCUUCAAGGACACCGACCCUGACAGCAAACCAUUCAGUUUACAGGAAACAUAUGAGGCGAAGAGAAAUGAGUUCCUAGGGGAGCUCCAGAAGAAGGAAGAGGAGAUGAGGCAGAUGUUUGUCCAGAGAGUCAAAGAGAAAGAAGCUGAGCUCAAGGAGGCCGAAAAAGAGCUGCAUGAGAAGUUUGACCGUCUGAAGAAACUGCACCAGGAAGAGAAGAAGAAGCUGGAGGAUAAGAAGAAAUGUCUGGAUGAAGAAAUGAACGCCUUCAAGCAGAGAAAGGCGGCGGCUGAGCUGCUUCAGUCUCAGGGCUCUCAGGCUGGGGGCUCACAGACUCUGAAAAGGGACAAAGAGAAGAAGAAUUCUUACUGUUUUACAGUUAACUCUGCUGUUUGCUGCAUGCUGCAUGACACCCAGGGUCCUGUAAUCCAUGGCUGUGUACUGAAUAGUAUGCCCCGCUACAGCUGGACUGGACUCCACUUAGCCUUUUAAUCGAAGGUUCUUAUUUUAACUGACAACUUUUUUUUUUUUUAAAUGGUGCCAGACAGCUGGGCCCUCCACCCGUGCUCUGGUACUUCAAGAAUUUUGUCUUUUUUAGGUUUUUUUGGUUUUGUUUUUGGUUUUUUUUUUCUUUUGGUUUUUGUUCUUCUGUGUUUUUGCUUUUUUGUUUUGUUUUUGAGUUCUGCAACUUGCUUCUGCCUUCCAGUCCCACUGACAGGGCCCAUGACCUUCUUCUUUUUUCUUGUUAUAAAGGUGGCUGUAUGAUCACUACCUCUAAAAAAAUGCAAGGUGAUAAUAAAUUUGCAGGCCUUCUGAACUGUUACAGAAGGGCAGGGGCCACUGUCUCCAAUCAUAGUUAAUAACUUGAACUAAACCCAAAGCAAGCAAUGUGCACACCUUCUCUUUUCUUGUUGGCAAAGGGAGAAGGGGGUUUUGCCACGAACUGGCCCGUGGCCAGAGGCAAGCACCAGGUGACAAGUGAGCUAGUCCUUCAGGGAAAACCGACUGGAAGUGGAGAAUUUCAGGAAACCCUAUGCCCUAGAGGCAAAACAAACCAAACCUCGCUACCACCUAGAACAGAAAGCCCUGAAGCAGAAUCUCCAAGUUGCUCAGAUACAAUCAGUAGUCCGGAGAGUCUGGCUACGAGUUGAGGCUUCUGGGUCUCCUUGAGAAAGGCCCCUUAUUCGUAGCCAUCAAGUUCUGUUUGUUUUUAAAACAGGUUCUUACUGUGUAGCCCUGGCUGGCCUUGAAAUCACAAAGUAGACCAGGCUGGCCUGAAAUUCACAGAGAUUUGCCUGCCUGUAUUUCCGGACUGCUAAGGUUGAAGGCAAAAGCCACCACACCCAGCUGCCUUAGGGCUUUUAAUCCACCUUCCCAGAUUGCCUGCGGGCCAGAAAGGGUCACAUCCUUAAGAAGGUCUUUCUUUUGUGUUUGUAUAUAAACUCCCUCUUUGAGGCUGGAGACCUCAAAAUACUUUUCAAGUAUUUGAGCUACACAGCCUUCUAAAAGCAAGCAGAAAUUGUAUAUAAAGUGAGGAGGUUUUUGAUCAGCAUGGCUGAUAUACCCCACCCCACGCUGUAGGAGGAUUUUGACACUUAGAGAAAUGAAGGGACUCAUCUAAGGUCCCACCGCUAUUCCUUGGCAAAGCCUAAGCAAAAUUUCCAAUUUCCUGUCUCUGGGUUCCCAAUCCUUUUUACCAAGGCAUCCAAGUAUUUAUGUAUCUUCCUGGAGGCAAGAUUUUUUUGUUGUUGUUUGAUGUUCGGAGAAACCAGUGUUAGAUGAUCCCGAGGGUUCUCAGAGAGAAAAAUAGGAUGGGGUGGGGUGGGUAGGCACGGGUGAAGAGAAGGCUCCAGGCCAGCUGCCAUGAUGCUGGAUGAUCAGGUAGCUGUAAGUCUGGAACAGGACCAGCUUAGUGUACAAUUCACUGGUGCACUGUGUAAUCAGGGAACUCAGGUAGAUAUAAAAAGCAAUCGAACCUAUUAAACGACGAUGCUGAAUUUCAUUGAGAAGUUCUUCUCAAUGGAAAUGGGAAAAAAUUUUGUCUUCAUUUGAAAGUCUUUAAUUAGUACAAUUGUUACUAUUAAAAAAGAAAAAGAAAAAAACCCUCUAAGUUCCCUGUUUACUUCUAGUGAAACAAGAACCACUCAUUAGAAAUGGUCUAUGAUUUUCCAGACUGGAAUGGAAUGGCUUCCUGAAACACACACACACACACACACACACACACACACCUUCCAUUUCUCUUAAACCAAGACAUCUGCUUUUUCCACCUGGUUUGGAUUUUUUUUUUUUUAAUCAUUUGGCAUUCACGUUUGGCUGUUAAUAUGUGCUUAUUUUUAAAUUAAAGCAAGAUGCAAUUAAA